AUGGCUUCCCACUGCAAGAGGGCCAGGCGUUUGUGGAUCAGGAGGCCUGGCUGCCACCUGCAUGCCCUGGCUCAGCUGCUGGAUGAGCUGCACUGCCAAGGUGUGGAGCAUGCUUCAGCCAUUUCUGUUGCAGUGUCAGAGAUCCUCAGCAUGGGCUCUGCCUUCAGCUGUGCAGAUUCCAUCUGUGCAAGCAGGCAGAGCUUGGGGUGGAGCUCGGAGCUGGUGGAGAAGCCUCAUGGCAGGGAGAAGCCCCACAAGUGCUUGGAAUGUGGGAAGGGUUUCAGCUGGAGCUGCACCCUGAUCCGGCACCAGAGAAUCCACACUGGAGAGAGGCCCUACAAUUGUGGAGAGUGUGGGAAGAGUCUCAGAGACAGCUCGGACCUGGUCCGGCACUUGGUGAUCCACACUGGGGAGAGGCCCUAUGAAUGCUUGGAAUGUGGGAAGCGCUUCGGGUGGAGCUCAGACCUGAGAAAACACCAGCGGAUCCACACAGGGGAGAGGCCCUAUGAGUGUCCCCAGUGUGGGAAGAAGUUUCAGACCAGCUCCACUCUUCUCAUACAUGAGCGGAGUCACACAGAGGAGAGGCCCUACCGCUGCCCCGACUGCGGGAAGGGCUUCAAGCACAACUCCAGCCUCACCAUGCACCAGCGCAUCCACACCGGGGAGAGGCCCUACGAGUGUAGGAAGUGUGGGAAGAGCUUCUCACAGAGCUCAGCCUUGACCCAGCACCAACGGAGGUGCCACUAA